AUGCCACUCCGCAAAUUAAAAUACCCAGAAUUGGCUGGUCUACCUCGAGCAGAGAGGCAAAAGGAACAAGUGAAGCGAUGGGUUCAGGAGCAAAAUGCUGACCCAGCCAAAAGGGCCAGACUCCGAGAACGUAACACUGAAAAUAAACGGAAAAACCGUGAGCUAAAACGGGCGCAAAAGAAUGGGCAGGUGGUGCCCACAGACUCUGCAGGGGGAUCUUCCAAUGUUGUCAGGUUAUCCAAUGGCCCAGCUGUUUCCCUGCCCCUCCCCCAAGUCAGCUCCUCAGACCCACAACUGGUUCCAAUCAUCCCCAUUGAUCCUGUCCUCUUACUGCAGCCAUCCAGCUCCCAUAGCACACGCGAUGCUGCCACAAUGGUGGACCCCCCCCCUACUGCUCAGGGUAUCAUGGCAGCUAAAACCUCUCACACCUGCGACGUAUCCAUCAUGACUGAAACUCCCUCAGAAAAUUCAUAUCCCCUCCCCAACCAGCCUCAACUUGAACCUGCACUCCCCACUUUGUCAACCCUUCCUGAGCUGAACCUGGACCUGGCAUCUGAUAUCAUUGGAGUUCAAGUGCCUGAACAGUCAGAGACUGUUGAAUGGUCUGAUGGACAUAUCACAGUACUACCGUGCAUUUGGGAGGAUGGCAUAAAUAUAUGCAAGGAUGAUGUUGCAUACGUCAAAUUCCUUGCUCAGCUUCCGCAAUCCCUCCCAAGUUCAGCAUACGUUGUGCAUGCCCAGUAUUGCGAUUGGAGUUCAAAACCAAUGGAGUUACAUGAGCUAGUUAAUGCAACGCUUCGUGAAGGAAAAUGCUUCCUUCUUCAUGGGCUCCCUAAACCUGAGCCAGCCAAGCUUGAUGUUGACUACCUGGAACGCUAUGGUAUGUCAUCCAUGAGGCCUAUUGUUGCCCACGACGUCAAAGCCCGUGUGGCAAACUUCACAUAUCCCCAUAAGGACAGCACUAUCCAACAGUUUAUUGGCAAUGUCCACAACCCCAACAUCAUUCAAUGCGUUCUUGAUCUUCCAUUUUCUCAGGGAGGUCUACCAUUCUUCUUCAGUACUCUUGAUCACGGCAUGGUCUAUGCAUGGAAUCUGACUUUAACUUGCAAACCGCAAUCAGUCCAUCCAGACAACUUUCUUGUAAAGGCAUGGGCUUUACUUCACCAUGCUGGGUUCCUCACAUAUUUCCACCAUGACUCUGAUGGAGGAAACACUUACGUCAAGGUAGAGAACCAUAGUGGUGUAAAAUUUUGGUGUCUAGCUUUUCCAAAAGAUGGGCACUCAAUUUCCCGAACUGCCCUCAGUGCAAAUUUUGCACUCUUUGCCAACCUUAAGAAGAACCGCAAGAAGAUAGAAUCCAAAUGGGAUUUUGAAGUAGUCACAGUCUUGCCAGGAGAUUUGCUUAUUCAACCGCCUGGACAGUUUCAUGCAGUCUACACACCUGUGGCAACAUUUGCCACUGGUGGCCAUUUCUACAACCACCAGUACAUGCAUUUGACCGAGCUUUCUCGUUAUGUGGACCAUACAAAGGGCACAACCUUCACUAACCAAAUCCAUGAACAUUCAAUCGCCACAUUCCAGCGAAUGAUCAUCAACCUGCCAUACCUACCUAGCUGCAUCAUGGGCGGUCUCUUCUCCUUCUAUCCAACAAGAAGAGGCAAGGCAAAGCCAAGGAUAUUGGAGGUUGUCAAAUCCGACUCUGAAAAAGAGGAGGUGCAACGCAUGGGCAAAUCUGAGGAUGACGCUGAUAUUCUGCCCAUUGCGCCAAUCCCUGCAUGUAUAGACAAUGUCCAAAACAAAGGAAAGUCUCCCAGACCCUCUACUUGCUCACAAUCCUCAUCAGAUGCAUCGUCAUCAAGGUGUUAUUGGUAG